AGCGCGCGGUUUUAAAACCGCGGGAAUAUAACUCCACCGCGUUCUCAAACGGACGAAUAUCGAAAGCUUAUAAAAAAUAGAGACAAUUAUACGUCAGUUGCCAACAGUGGCCAAUUGUUACCAAGGCGACUAACCUCUAAUCACACAGUGGUAACAAUUAAAUUAAAUUUGUCUAACUUCAUUGUUUACUAGUAUCCUAAAUAUAUUUAUUUACUCAAGACUUUUGUUAAGAAAUUAAAUUAUUUGUAAAUGUUUCUUAAGUGUAUGAUUACUAUGGAUUAUUCACAACUAACUAAUCAUCAGAAUCUAAUGUGGCACGAAUCUUAUGAGCUGCCUGAUUAUGCACCGCAACCUGAACAAUAUGGUGAGGAAUAUCAUGGUGCAGAGUUUAGAGAAACUCAUACGUUGCUUGCUGAUGGUGGUGACAGAUUUGGUGUUUCCACUGUCACUUUUGAUACCGUCGAGGAGCUCAUGUGGAUGGGAAACCAGGGGGGUCACGUAACGUCGUACUACGGCUCAAAUUUACAAAAGUACACAUCAUUCCAAGUACACGCAAACCAAGAAGUCCGUCACAUUCAUCCAAUAGAUGAAGGAAUUCUCUGUCUGACACAGACUGCUCUCAGAGGUCAAUUACGUCGUGGAAUUCCUAUUUUUACCCACUCAUCACCAAAUAUGAUCGAUAUGCAAUGUAUGUUGCAAUGCGGAUCACGAUUACUCAUGGGUGGACACCAAGACAAAAUCCUAGACUUUAAUUUAACUCGAGGAAAAGAAACAGGAUUUUAUCAUGUUGGUGAAAACGGCUGCGCAAUUUUACGCCAGCACAGUAAAUUUAUUUGCGCGGGUAGUCCUGCAGGACGAAUUGAUUUACGUGAUCCUAAUUCAUUCAAAGUUGCGCACACAUUAGACACACAUACUGGCUCUCUAAGUGACUUUGAUGUUCAGGGAAAUUAUUUAGUAACUUGUGGAUUCAGUAACAGUCGACAAGGAUUGACAGCAGAUAGAUUCCUAAUGGUCUAUGACUUACGACAAAUGAGAUCAUUAGCACCAGUUACGACUCUAGUUUAUCCAUUUUUACUCAAAUUUUUGCCAAGUUACUCCAGUCGUUUAGCUGUCGUCUCACCAUUGGGACAAAUGCAAUUAUUGGAUACGAUUUACGCUGACGUCCAACCAUCACUUACUUGCCUAUACCAGGUAGCAACUGGAGGCGCUAUGGUUAAAUCAUUCGACGUAUCACCGACCUCCAAAUGUCUAGGGUUUGGUGACACUGCGGGUUCGUUACAUUUGAUGGCCACUAAUGCGCCCAAUCCACAGUUCAAUACCUUCUCCCGGCCGACUGAAUUUGCUGACCCAGUUGAGACACUGCAGGCAAUACCAUUUGAUGAUCAAUUGACAUCAUUCAGCACAGUACCGAUGAUGUAUGGGAAUCAUCCAUUGGCUAGCGAGUGGCCGGAACAGUUUUUGAGAAGGACGUAUAGAAAAACGCCAGCAAUUGAUCCAGAAAUACUCAGAACAAUGAAGAUGCAGGGGACAAUCGGAUAUGCGCCAAACCCACAAGCAUUCCGUCGUAAUCAAAUACCGUAUAAUUUGGAAAGACGACACGGAGUUGCCACUAAAUUGUUCCCUGGUGAACCGCGAGCUAAAAACGAAGACAGCACUUUUAUCGCGAUACCCAAACGCUACCGCAGAAUAGAAAUGAAAUACUCGAGGCUUGGAUACGACGAAUUCGACUUCGAUCAGUAUAAUUUGACCAGUUUCUCAGGGCUUGAAGCAACGCUGCCUAAUAGUUAUUGCAAUGCGAUGUUACAAUUACUGUAUUACUGCGGGCCAGUACGGACAGCAUUGAUGUCACACGCGUGUCAAAAAGAGUUUUGUUUGUCAUGUGAGUUGGGAUUUUUAUUCCACAUGCUCGACAUUUCUAAAGGAUCUCCCUGUCAGGCUGCGAAUUUCCUUCGCGCUUUUCGUACAGUACCGGAAGCUUCGGCUCUUGGGCUCAUUCUCAGUGACUUACAUCCUGAGGCGCGAAAGAAAACGAGUUUAAAUCGUCUUCUGCAGAGUUGGAACAGAUUCAUUCUGCACCAAAUGCACUACGAAAUCUACGACACCCGUAAACGUCAGCUAGAAGAAGAAGAAGCCGCCCGUUUGAAGUCUGGUACCAAAUUUGCUCCGUUUGUUUACAACGAGCAAGAUUUCCCCAGCAUUUUGCAGGACUUGGGAUCUCGAUACAAGACAGCCGACCCUGAUAAGAAGAAGAAAAAGAAACAAGAGGAGGAUGGUAAAUAUAUGUGGAUCGCCGCUAAAGAAAUCACAAAUAAAAAGGAAGAAAACGGAGCCCGAGAAGAAGACACAGACAUCAGUCGUAUAUUUGGCGCCGAACAGAUUCACAUUCAUCGCUGUCUCAAGUGCAACCGGGAAGAAUCGAAAAAUUCAAUUAUGUUGCUGUCUAAUUUAAUUUAUCCUGAAAAUACCGGUCCAUAUGAAGAAAUUCCAUUUACUAAAAUAUUGGCGCGAAGUUUAAAACCAGAAAAAGUAACGCCCGCUUGGUGUGAAGGCUGUCAAAAAUUUAGCCCGACACUGCAGUCUAGACAAAUUACUAAAUUACCAGAAAUAUUAGUAUUGAAUUGUGGAGUAGAUUCUCAACAGGAAAAAAAUUUCUGGCAGACGCAAAUGAAUAUUAUAGUACAGAAAGUCAUGAAUGGCAAAGAAAAUAGCCCAUGUUCAAGUCCACCACCUAGUGCUAUAAAGAUGUGUCGCUAUGGAACGAAUUGCAUACGCGCUGGUUGUAGAUUUCGACAUAUUGGCAAAGAAACUGAACCGCCACAGUCAUCACCGUCGACCCCAUCAGUGCCGAUUCAAAUCCCGACACCUCCAAGUCAUCUUUACUACUCUAACUCAUGGAUUCCUCACUGUAUUGAAGUAUCUCUAGACGAAAAAGGCGAACUGUCGGUGAACAAACUCGACGAAAUACCCGAGGGUGAAGUCAACAAGUCAGUCGUCGUAGAAAAUGGACAAAGUGCUACAGUACCUGAACACCCUAAAUAUUCUAAAAGGAAAGAAUCUUUAGUCGACACCCAGUCAGUUGAUGGCGACGUCGAUCCCGAAGCAGAAGCAGAAGCAGAAGCAGAAGCCUCUGAUUCAAAUUCCAGCGUCGGAUCUGGCGACCAAGAGGUUCCUGAAGAACACGUGGAAAAAAUUCAGUACAUUCUGACGGCAGUGGUUUGUUACAUCGACGACAAAACUAGCGACGACCGCAGACAUGCUGUCGCUUUGAUUCGCGUGGGCCCGAAUUACCAUGAGAGAUCAACUGGCAGCGCCGUGGCCCAGUGGUAUUUGUUCAACGACUUCAGUAUAACAGCAGUCACUCCUCAAGAAGCAGUUUGGUUUAAUCUGGACUGGAAGGUACCUUGUGUGCUGCAUUACACUGCAGUGAGUGCUACCGAGUCACAGUCGUUUGUCUCUCCCUUGACGGCUGACGUUUUUGGCGAAGACAAAUGUAUCGCUAGAAGUGGAGGCACUCGGGGUAUCACUUUUACUCCGUUGACUUCUGAUGAGAUGCCUAAUAAAGGUGACUUAGUAGCAAUUGAUGCCGAGUUUGUAACUUUAAAUAACAAAGAAUCUGAAAUAAGAAGUGAUGGUAAAAUGUCAACUAUUAAGCCGAGUCAUAUGUCUGUUGCACGCAUUACUUGUAUUCGAGGACAAGGACCUUUGGAAGGUACACCAUUUAUCGACGACUACAUCAGUACCCAAGAACAAGUCGUUGAUUAUCUUACUAAAUUCAGCGGAAUCCAACCUGGUGAUUUAGACGCGAACUUCAGCAGCAAACAUCUUACAACUUUGAAGUCCACUUACCAAAAACUAAGAUUCUUAGUUGAUAAUGGUAUCAUAUUUGUUGGCCAUGGAUUAAAAAAUGACUUUAGAGUAAUUAAUCUCGUAGUACCUCCGGAACAAAUUGUCGACACCGUACUACUGUUCCAUUUACCCCACCGCCGUAUGGUGUCACUUCGAUUCCUCACCUGGCACUUUUUGGGCCGGAAAAUCCAAUCCGACACCCACGACUCAACGGAGGAUGCUCACGCAGCCCUCGAACUCUAUCGCAAGUACAUAGAAUUAGAGAACGCGGGUACGAUACACGAAGAAUUAAAAAAAUUGUACGAAGUCGGUACCGAAUUACAGUGGAAGGUACCAGAGAGUUGA